AUGACGUCAAACAAUAGUGAUGGAAUGCCGAUUCAUACAGAUAAUGAAAUGAAUGGUUUUAGUGAUGAUAAUUCAACAUUCCGCAUUUGUUGCAUUGGUGCUGGUUAUGUUGGAGGUCCAACUUGUGCUAUAAUAGCUAGUAAAUGUCCGAAAAUAAAAGUAACUGUUGUUGAUGUAAGUGCUGAUAGAAUAGCUGCUUGGAACUCCGAUCAUUUACCAUUGUUUGAACCAGGAUUAGAAGAAAUUAUUGAAAAAAUUCGUAAUCGUAAUUUAUUUUUUUCAACUGAUACAAAAAAAGCUAUUCAAGAAGCUGAUUUAAUUUUUAUUAGUGUUAAUACACCAACGAAAUCUUAUGGUUUUGGUAAUGGUCGAGCACCAGAUCUACGCUAUGUAGAAGAAGCCGCUCGACAAAUAGCUCAUACAGCAACAACUAAUAAAAUAAUUGUUGAAAAAUCCACUGUACCAGUAAAUGCAGCUGAAUCAAUAAAAACAAUAUUAAAAACAAAUAAACAACCUGGUGUUAGUUAUCAAGUUCUUUCCAAUCCAGAAUUUUUAGCUGAAGGUUCAGCUAUAAGUGAUCUAUUAGCACCUGAUCGAGUUUUAAUUGGUGGUGAUGAAUCAGUUGAAGGUUCAUUAGCUAUUAAAAAACUUUCAUGGAUUUAUGAACAUUGGGUACCAAAAGAAAGAAUUCUUACAACGAAUACAUGGUCAUCAGAAUUAUCGAAAUUAGUAGCUAAUGCAUUUUUAGCUCAACGUAUUUCAAGUAUAAAUACAAUUUCAGCUGUUUGUGAAGCAACAGGUGCAUCAGUUAGUGAAGUAGCUAAAGCUGUUGGCCUUGAUUCACGUAUUGGAUGUAAAUUUUUAAAUGCUAGUGUUGGUUUUGGUGGUAGUUGUUUUCAAAAAGAUGUUUAUAACUUAAUUUAUUUAGCUGAAUCAUUAAAACUUGAACCAGUUGCACAAUAUUGGUUACAAGUGAUUAAAAUAAAUGAUUGGCAACGUGAACGUUUUGCACAAAUGAUUGUUCACAAUUUAUUUGGAAGUGUUAGUGGAAAAAAAAUAGCUAUAUAUGGUUUUGCUUUUAAAAAAGAUACAGCUGAUACACGAGAAUCAUCGAGUAUUUAUGUAUGUCGAUAUUUAUUAGCUGAAGGUGCAUCAUUACAUAUUUAUGAUCCAAAAGUAUCAGUUCAAAGAAUUUUUCUUGAUUUAUCUGAACAAACUGGCAAAACAGAAACUGAUUUACGUAAUCAUGUUCAAAUAGCCAAUGAUGCAUAUGAAGCAGCUAAAGAUUCUCAUGCUCUUGUUAUUUGUACUGAAUGGGAUGAAUUUAAACAAUUAGAUUAUCAAUUGAUUUAUAGUACUAUGAAAAAACCUUCAUUUAUAUUUGAUGGUCGUCUUAUACUUGAUCAUGAUCAACUAAUCAGUCUUGGUUUUAAUGUAUUUUGUAUUGGACAAAAACCACCAAUAAAUAAAUAUCUUAAUCAAAGUCCUAGAUAA